AUGAGGUUUCCUAAGGAAGGGCUUCUCGUGGCCCUCUCUGCGAGCGGCGUCCGGGCCGUGAACAAUGGGCUGGCGCGAACUCCUCAGAUGGGAUGGAACAACUGGAACACCUUCCACUGCUCCGUCUCGUCGACCCUCCUCACCAACACCGCCAAGCUGCUCACGGAAUACGGCCUGCAGGACUUGGGUUACAAGUACGUGGUGCUAGACGACUGCUGGUCCUCGGGCCGCGACGCCAACGGAAAGCUCGUCGCGGACACCACCAAGUUCCCGGAUGGCAUGGGCGCCGUGGCGGAUGCGCUGCACGAGCAGGGGUUUCUGUUUGGCAUGUACUCGAGCGCGGGCGAGAUGACUUGCGCGCGAUAUGCCGGAUCCCUCGAUUACGAAGAAAACGAUGCGCAGAGCUUCGCCGAUUGGGGUGUCGACUAUCUCAAGUACGACAACUGCUACCACAUGGGCCGGUUUGGCACGCCCCUCAUCUCCUUUAACCGCUUCAAUGAGAUGGCCAAGGCGCUCAAGAAGACGGGCCGGUCCAUCCUCUACAGCUUAUGCAACUGGGGCGAGGACUACGUCCACACAUGGGGAGGAUCCAUUGCGAAUUCCUGGCGCAUCUCGGGCGACAUUUACGACUCGUUUGCCCGUCCGGAUGACUUGUGUUCGUGCACAAACGCCGCCGACCCGGCCUGUAUCGCCCCCGGCACGCACUGCUCGGUCCUGGCCAUCAUCAACAAGGUGGCUCCCUACAUCGACCGCGGCCUGCCGGGCGGGUGGAACGACCUGGACAUGCUGGAAGUUGGCCACGGCGGCAUGACGGAAGAAGAGUACAAAGCCCACUUCUCCAUGUGGGCUGCCCUCAAGUCCCCCCUGCUCCUCGGAAACGACCUCCGCGCCAUGACGGCGUCGUCUCUGGCUAUUAUCAACAACCCCGCCAUCAUUGCCCUCAACCAGGACCCCCGUGGCCGCGCCAUCCAGCGCAUCUCGCGCGACCUCGACGUGCCCGUGGACCGCCACGGCGUAGGUGAGACGCACGUCUGGAGCGGCCCCCUGGCCAACGGCGACCAGGUCGUCAUCUUUCUCAACGCCGCCGACGCGGACCUCGACAUGUCCGCAUCGCUCGAGGACAUCUUCAUCAUGGACGGCGUGGGCACCGCCCCGCAAAUCCAGCAAGACUGGGCCGUCCACGACCUGUGGGGUAACAGCGGCUCUCGCAUGAGCUUGCAUGACGCUCAGGCCCUGCUCGACGCCAAGGAUGCUGAUGCUCGUCGGUCCUUCUUGCAGACCAAGCUCGACUGGUACAACGCGACGGAGCUCCCCUAUGCCCAGGGCCUGAGCCGUCGGGACCCACGGCUGUUUGGUGAGCGUAUUGGCGUCGUCGAGGCCGGCGGCAAGAUCAGCGCGCGGGUUCCAAGACAUGCGGCCAAGGUGUUUAGGCUGCAGAGCGUCAGCGGACAGGAUACCACCAGGAAGAGCCUUCUCAGGGACGAGCUUUGA